GCCUGGCAACCGCGAGCGGUCACGGAGGUCCAGGGCGCAGGCUGUGGGGGGUGUGCGGAGGCCAAGAGAGGGCGGAGGAGCGGGGAAGGGACCGUCCCCUGCAGGGGUAGGAGGGCCUGGCCCCGGGACUCCCGCCUGCGCAUCCCCCCGACUUCCGCCGGGCUGCCACGGCCAUCGGUCCCAGGGCACCCGAGGUCCGCACCCGGUCGGUCCUAAAAACGUCCCGGUCAGCAAUCGGUGACUUCCGAAGCCCAGUGCCACCAGGCACUGGCCAGCGCCGAGUCCGAAGGCGUGGCCGAGUCGGGCAGAGCGUCCCAACCAUUUAAUUUCGCACUGUCCGCGCGCCUCCGGCCGUCCCAGGUGCACCAUCGGCCGAGGUGGGCCGAGAAGAACCACGAGUUGGGGGAGCGAAGAGCCGGUGUGCGCCCGCGGUCUCAGCCGCAGGUGAGCGUCACCUCUGGCCGGCAGGCUCCACUCAGCUCCCCCGCCUUCGGGCUGAGGCUCCUUGCACGUGGGCGGAGCACCCUCCUGCUGAGCACCGGGGGUUCCCGUUCUCACCUGCGGUCCAGCCCUGACUUCCUGUCAACUGUGUCCCCACGGGAGAAGAAUGAGAGGAAUACCAUGUGAUGACAUGAUCUGACACAGCCGAGCGAGCAGCAGCGCUCCCUGGUUUGGCAUGUUUAAAAACAAGGGGCACCCGUGUAAGCGAGGCAACUUAGCAAUCACUGCGGUUGCUUUACAAGAUCACAUCUUACAUGACCUUCAGCUACAAAACCCUUCGGCGGCCGAUCCUUCCCAGACAAAGGCACAGCAGAGAGCGAACGCACUCAGAUCUCUAAAAAGGAAUGCGAAAGCUGUAACAGACACAGGGCUUCAAAGGAGGACACAAGGCCCCAGAGAGGCUGAUCCAGAAAGAGAGUAUGUUCUCGAUCCCAAACCCCCACCAUUAACUCUAGCGCAGAGGCUGGGCCUGUUCGAACCUCCCCCGCUGCCGCUCUCCUCAGACGAGUGGGACAAAGUGAGACAGAGGUCCCUGUCGCAGGGGGACUCCGUGCAGCCCUGCCCAGUGUGCAAGGAAGAGUUCCAGCUGCGCCCCCAGGUGCUGCUCUCCUGCUCCCACGUGUUCCACAGGGCGUGCCUCCAGGCCUUUGAAAAGUUCACAGGUAAGAAAACCUGUCCCCUCUGCAGAAAGAACCAGUACCAAACCCGAGUGAUCCACGACGGGGCCCAGCUGUUCAGAAGAAAGUGCGCGACAAGGAUCCAAGCCUGCUGGCGGGGACACGUGGUCCGGAAGUGGUACCGCGACCUGAGGAGGACGCUGCCACCCACCGACGCCAGGCUGAGGAGGAAGUUCUUUGAAGAAAAGUUCACAGAGAUCAGCCAGCGCAUGCUCUGCUCCAACCACACGGACAUCGAUGAGCUCCUGGCAGAAAUUGACCACUGCCUGGCCGUCAACCGCAGCGUCCUGCAGCAGCUGGACCAGCAGUGCGGCCGCAGGCUCACCGACCACGACUGGCAGCAGAUCCAGGAGCAGGCGCUGCGCCGGGACACCCACGAGUGCUCCAUCUGCCUCACGCCGCUGUCCGUGGGCCCCGGCAGCCCCUCGGGGGCGGGCGGCGGCGCCCCGGCACGGCCCACGGCGCUCCUGUCCUGCUCCCACGUGUUCCACCACGCCUGCCUCCUGGCCCUGGAGCGGCUCUCCUGGGGGGAUGCCUCCCCCUUCCACGCCUGCCCCCUCUGCCGCUCCUGCUACCAGAAGAGGGUUCUGGAGAGUUGAGUUCACAGGAAGGAAGAACUCCCGUCAUUCCGGGGCAACGUCGACCUUGAUUUGGGAUGGAUCGUGGGAGUCUGGGGUUGAGCACUACAGUGUAAGCUGUUCUGCAGCGAAGAAAAUAUUUAAUACUUGCACACGGGAAGCAUGACGAUAUUUUAAAAAGUGACAACUGGCCCGGUUUUCGUCUCUAGAGAAAGCAAGCUUCAAGUUCGUGAGUCCCAUCAGUUGAAGCAAGCAGGGACGGCUGAAACUGGAGUUUCUGAGGCCCUGUGCCUCGCCGACCUGCGCGCGCCCGGCAGACUGCGGGUACCUCAGGACACCACGCGCCUGCCCACUCCCAGGCCAGCCAGCCGGCUCCCUGGCCAGCUCACUAGGCUCUGGGCAGCCCCUGGGGGCGUGGCUACUGCCCGUCACAGGUGACCCGAGCCGGGUCGCCAGAGACUGCCCAGGGCCUCGUGGCCCCUCCACCACCGGAACACUCUCUGCAGGAACUGCUUCCCUCCUCUGUGUGACACGUACCUCUUAAUAAAUAAACCA